AUGAAACCGAUUCGAGAAUUCGAAAUUGAGCGAAAGCAACAAGCACUCUAUCUUCCACGACACAAUCCAGUAAUAGAACUCAUACUAAAACAACACAAAGACUUAUACCAUGCUGGAACCAGUCAUACCGUGAAAGAGUUUUCACAUUUCAGCUGUGAAAAAGAAUCCUUUCACAGCUGA